AUGGACUUGGAUGAUAUAAAUCCAACGAUUGACACUCUAGUCAGUGCUACGUAUUCGAGAUUUUCGGAUUUUGACGAAGAGAAUCUCUACAAUCUCGAAUUCUCGCAAGACAGCCUGUCAUCCUCAAAUCAACUUCCAUCUUCGUCGACGGAUAGCUCACCGCCUUUGAGCAUCAAUUUUAAUUCAGGAACGGAUUUGGAGUCUUGGGAUGGCAACACAUAUGACGACUACGCUUUUAAUUCUGCAUUUUCUCUUAACUAUGAUAAUGAGCUCGAGGAGCAGAAAGUGUUUGCCCGAAUUCCGCAACCGGUAGCUCAAAGAGCUCCGCGUCCAACUCCACCAAACCCAAAGAAUUUGAUUGGAAUUAAAACAUUGGUUCCAGUUACUCCGAAACAAACUGUUCGAAAGCUUUCUGCAGAGCAAAAUCGAAAAAUAAAGAAUCGAAUGUACGCGCAGGCAUCGCGACAGAGAAAGAAGAAUGAGGAAACCGAAAUGAGAAAUAAAAUUGACGAGCUGCAGAAGGAAAAUCAACAGCUUCGAGAAGAGAAUUGUGAGCUCAGAAAUCGACUUUCGCGAUACGAGUACGUCGAGCAAGAGACACCGCAGAGAGCACCUACCACACAACCGCUUGCAUCGGCGCCGCCAACCAAGAGGAAAUUGGUUGCCGCGGGAACAUUUCUUCUCGCUUUUGGAAUUAUUGCAGUAAUUAGUCCGUUCUCAUUAGGUGGUCAUGAUCCGAACAUUCAUCGAGUUUCCAAUGAAUAUUUACUCCAGUCUACCAGUCAUGGUCGAGUUUUGCCAGAUUCUGUGGGCGAGGUUUCAACGAACAGUAAUUCAUCAGUUCACAGCGAUUGUUCGUUUAAAAUGAAUGCGUCAGAGGCGUUGAGAGUGAAAAACGAUAUUGAUCAAUGGGUACGUGUCCAUUCAUUCAAAGAAUUUGAUGCGCCCACACUUCCCAAACAAUUGUUCAACAAAGAUGCCAUGGAGAGAUUCAAUAAAGAUGGAAAACUCACCAAGGUCAAACUUCAAAAGUCGGCGGUUCAAGAUAGCGCUGAAAUUGAGCCAGUGAAACGCUCGAAGUAUCGAUCCCGACAGCGUACUUGGAAGCAAUUAGAUUUAUUGAGACCUGAUCUCUCAAUGCACAACCGCGAGAAUAUUCGAAUGAAAAAGAAGCAAAUUGAGAAGCUCGGCACAAUGAUUCGCCAAAAAUCAGACACGUUGUACAUUGUUGCGCUUCAGGAUUAUAUUUUAUUGCCGGCGCUUAAGAGAAGUACAACAAGUGCGCCAAAAGUCUCCAUCGUUCUGCCGAGUUACCCGAUUAAUGGAACAAUGUUGGAUGAAUAUUCGCUAUUGCGCGUUGAGUGUGAGGUGACCGGCACCGGACAAUUGACAAUUUCCAGUGGGCAACUAUCCGCACUCCUUCCUUAA